AUGGGUUUUGACGAGCAACAGUCUCUCAAGCUUCCAUUCAUAGAUUUCUCGUCAGAACCGAAACCAGGCACUCCCUGCUGGGAUUCCCUGAAACUCCAACUUCGAGAAGCACUCCAAGAGUACGGCUGCUUCGAGGCAUCUUUGGGCGACAGCAGGGUUCCUGGCGAGCUUCGACGUGAUGUUUUCAGUUCACUGGAAGAGCUUUUCGAUCUGCCUCUGCACACCAAGCAACAGAGCGGCGCUUCAGAGUCAUUUCAAGAUGGUUACGCCGCGACGCCCAACGGUUUCUACCAGAGCUUUGGGAUAGAAGAUCCCAAUUCGCUCCACUCCAUGGCUGGGGUGGUCUCUGAAUUCAAUCGCACCGUGAGGAGGAUGUUGCUGGAGAGUUUUGGGCUUGAGAAAUAUGUGGAGGAGCAUCUGAGUUCCACGACAUACAGAUUCAGGGUCAUGAAAUACGAAGCUCUCCAACCUCUUGAUGCUGCGACAGAAGUACUUGGGUUGGGAGUUCACACGGAUAAGAGUUUCAUGACCAUACUCUGCCAAAACGAGGUUGGGGGAUUGAAACUUCAAGCCAAGAGAGGGGAAUGGGUUAAGUUCGCACCUACUUCUCCUACCUCCUUCGUCGUUCUCAUUGGCGAUGCUCUUCAUAGCAAAUCGCUUAAAAUGGGUUCUGAUGAGUCUCUGAAGCUUCCAUUCAUAGAUUUCUCAUCAGAGCUGAAACCAAGCACCCCCAGUUGGGAUUCCUUGAAACUCCAAGUUCGAGAAGCACUUGAAAACUAUGGCUGCUUCGAGGCAUCUUUUCCCAACGACAAGGUUCCUGGCGAGCUUCGACGUGAUGUUUUCAGUUCAUUGGAAGAGCUUUUCGAUCUGCCUUUGCACACCAAACAACAGAGUGGUGCUUCUCAGUCAUUUCAACACGGCUACGUUGCGACACCGAUUCCUUUCUUCCAGAGCUUUGGGAUGGACGAUCCCAAUUUGCUUGACGUGGUCGAAACCUUCACCGACACAUUGUGGCCCCAUGGAGGAAACCCAAGUUUCAGCAACAACAUUCACUCCAUGGUUGGGGUGGUCUCUGAAUUCAAUCGCACCGUGAGGAGAAUGAUACUCGAGAGUUUUGGGCUUGAGAAAUAUGUCGACGAGCAUCUGGGCUCCACAAAGUACCACUUGAGGGUCAUGAAAUACGAAGCCGUCCAACCUCACGAUGAGACAGAACUCGGGCUGAGAGUUCACACGGAUAAGAGUUUCAUGACCAUACUAUGCCAAAAUGAGGUUGAGGGACUGGAACUUCAAACCAAGAAAGGCGAAUGGAUUAAGUUCAGACCGACAUCUCCUAGCUCAUUCGUCGUUCUGAUCGGCGAUGCUCUUCAUGUUCAGUGA